CUCAAUACUUUAAAAUUCCUAAAUUGUCCUUCUGCCCAUCUUAUCCAAAAUUUCACAAUCUUCUCCAACCUCCCACUCUUCUAUGCUCUGCCCUGCCUCGGGAAGCUUCAGCCAUGGCGUCGCCUGCAAUGGCUUCAACCCUCACAUCUUCUUCCUUUUCUCCUAAACUGUUCCACAGCAACUUCACUUCCUCUUCUUUGUCGUCUUCCUUGUCCUCAGUUCUGUCUAUUACUUCCAUUGGUCGUCGUCUGAAACUUUGCCCUAGUAAAUUCGAGCACCAGAAGAGGAGCAGCCAUGGAAUUUCUGUCAAAUCCCUUACCGUAGAUUUCUCUGGUUCGUUUUUCGAAGGAGGAGUUGUUAACGAUGAACCACCAGCCCCGCCUGGUUCGGCGAUUUCGGUGGCGGAGGACAAGGAGGAGCCUCAAUGUCCGCCUGGACUCCGACAGUACGAGACCAUGGCCGUCUUGAGGCCCUCCAUGUCGGAGGACGAGCGUCUCGCUCUCACCCAGAAGUACGAAGAGUUGCUUGUUGCUGGGGGUGGCAUGUACAUUGAGGUAUUUAACAGAGGAGUUAUUCCACUUGCUUAUAGCAUCAAAAAGAAAAACAGGGCUGGAGAGACCAACAACUAUUUGGAUGGUAUCUACCUCCUUUUCACCUAUUUCACAAAACCAGAGUCCAUUGCUGCUCUUGAGGCAACAUUGACGGCUGAUGAUGAUGUUAUUCGAUCCUCAACCUUCAAGAUAAGGAAGAGAAAGUAUUAGAUUAUGCUGAUACUGCCUCUUCAUAAGGAAAAUGUAAAGAGAAGGGAAGAGGGAGCUCAUAGUCUGAGGUUCUUUCUCAAACAUCAAGAUUUUAUGAAAUUCAUUGUAGUGAAUCUUCCGAAGUUAGUUGGAGCGGGAUGUAGGAAUGUUUUGUUGCACAGGCUUCAUCCAGUCCAGGAAUUAGUUUGUAAUACACACUUCACUAAGAUAAGCAUGUAUGUUGUAAUGGCAUUAGAAACUGAUAUUUUGUUACUUUUGAUGGAAAAGCAAGAGCAUUUGGUGAAUUGGAUAAACGGAAUUCAAUUAUGUUAUGACUGUUGAAAAAAAAUUGUGGUGUUAUAUAUUUGUUGUGAUUUAAGUUUUCCUGAA